AUGACAUUACAUCACUCAAUAAGCACUGUCUUUAGAAGAUAAACAAAUUGAUUCAUUAUGACAUGGUUCUAUAGUGGCCAUCAAAUUGGUUGACUGUACAAUAACACUUUUCCCGUGUCAAUAAUUAAUACCUACACAUGUAUGUUUAAUAGUACCGACCUAGGUACCUACUUGGCAUUAUAAUGCAUUAUUGAUAAGACUGCCUAGUUGAUAUCUCGUAGAACAAUUAGAUAAGAAUAUUGGGGGCUAUAAAUAAGUGUACAUACCUAUCAUAUAACACUAACCCACGAAUGAGUCAAUGUCAAUUAUUACACAAUAUUACGCAAUGUGCAGAAAUCCCACAAUAUAUUGAGUUGGAUCUAUUAUUAACGUUAUACGUUCUAACCGACAGGUUGCAGAACGUCAAUAAUUUGCUAAAAGAGCAUGAGCAUGACGUCCAAUCUCCUACCGAAGUCCAUGAAAGCAGUUGGUCUUUACACAAACUUACCGAUUGCAGACGCAGAGAGCCUUUUGAAUUUGGAGGUACCUCUUCCGAUUUUGAGGAGUACUGACGUUCUAGUGGAAGUGAAAGCAAUAUCUGUCAAUGGUAUUGAUACGAAGCAAAGAUCCAAACCGGUGCCUCCCACGUUUGAACUGCCUCGAAUUUUGGGUUCUGAUGGCGCCGGCAUUAUCGUUGCGAAAGGUGAAAAAUGUAAGUAUUUUAACGUUGGCGACGAAGUGUUUUUCAUAGCCGAUUUGCGAAGGAACGGCCCGAAUGCCCAGUACGUUGCUAUCGAUGAAAUUUUGGUUGGAUUAAAACCGAAGAAUAUAACAUUUGAGGAAGCGGCUUCCAUACCGUGGACCGGCGUUACCGCCUACGAAUCUUUAUAUGAUCGGUUGCUGAUUUCCAACAUGGAUAAAGGGAAAACUUUAUUGAUAAUCAAUAGCGGUGGAGGAGUCGGUUCUGUGGCGUCUCAGUUAGCUAAGAACCUCGGGCUGAAGGUCAUAGGCACCGCUGCCCGCGCAGAAACUGAAGCUUUCAGCCUUCAACAUGGAGCAGACAUUGUUCUUAAUCACACUAAGGAUUUACUUCCACAAUUGAAAGCACAAGGAUAUACAAAUGGGGUAGAUUUUAUAUUGGUCAACUAUAACCCAAAUCCCUAUUGGGACUCUUUAAUGGCAGUUGCUAAGCCUCAAGGUAGAAUUUGUUUCCUAUGCGACAGCAGUGGUUUAGUUGACAUAAAACCACUUAAAGAAAAAAGCCUCACGCUUGUCGCAGAGAUGAUGGCUACUAGAAUGAAAUAUAACACUAAAGACAAGUACAGAUAUCGUGAAAUCCUGGAGGAUAUAAGUAAGAUGCUUGAAACAGGUAAAUUGAAGUCUACAUUGACUAAGACCAUGUCACCAAUAAACGCUGAAAAUCUAAAAGAGGCGCAUAGGUUGAUAGAAGAUAAAAAAUCGAUUGGAAAGAUUGUUCUUAGCGGAUUUUGAGAUAUACCUAUAUUUAUAAAUAAACUAGCGACCCGCCCCAGCUUCGCACAGGUUAACAAAUAAUACACCUAAACCUUCUUAAAAAAUCGCUCUAUUGAUAGGUGAAAACCGCAUGAAAAUCCGUUCAGUAGUUUUUGAGUUUAUCGCGAACAAACACAGACGCGGCGGGGGACUUUGUUUUAUAAGGUGUAGUGAUAAUCAAACAUAAAGUCUGAAACAUUUAUUUAUCAACCGAAGCCGCCACUAAUUAAAAUGAAUAUAUAAUAUGGAUAAUAUGGAUUUCCGCAAAGUAACGCCUGAUUUGGACAAGACUGUAGGACCAUUUUGGACAAGACUGGCCAGGCAGAGGAAAUACUGGAAAGAGUUGGAGGAGGCCUUUGCCAACAGGCACACUGAAGUACGAGACUUCAUUUAAAAAUAAAUCCAAGCAAAAGCAAACAGUUCAAAGUUCAGAAGAAGAGGCUAUACAAAUAAAAAAAAAACGCCUGAUUUUAUUAAUUAACCGAAGCCACUUCGAUCAAUCAGAUAUUAUUAUAUUUAU